GCUCCCCUGCCAGCACACCCAAACGUGGCCCCAUGGGCCCCAUCAUCGUGCCCCCGGGGGGGCACAGCGUGCCCAGCACACCGCCUGUCGUCACCAUUGCCCCCACAAAGACAGUCAACGGGGUCUGGAGGAGCGAGGGCAGACAGCAAGAAGCAGGGUCACGAGGCAGCAGCAGCAGCAGCAGCCGUGAGCGUCUCAUCUCGGAGCCGCCCCUCGCGCAGGAGAAAGCAGGGGGUCCCACGGUCCCCUCCCACCUCCUGGGGACACCCUACUCCUUUGGGUUGCCCCCCAGCUCCGUGGUCCAGGACUCCCGCUUCCCACCUCUCAACCUGCAGCGGCCAGUCCACCAUGUGGUUCCUCCCAGUGCUGUCACCGAGGAUUACCUGCGCAGCUUCCGUCCCUACCACACAGCCGAGGACCUCCGUAUGUCCUCCUUGCCACCCCUUGGCCUGGAUCCGGCCACUGCUGCUGCUUACUACCACCCCAGCUACCUGACACACCACCCCUUCCCACACCCUGCCUUCAGGAUGGACGAAUCCUACUGCCUGUCAGCACUCCGGUCCCCCUUCUACCCACUGCCGACGCCGGGCUCGCUGCCACCCCUGCACCCCUCGGCCAUGCACCUGCACCUCUCGGGGGUACGGUACCCCCCCGAGCUCUCCCACUCCUCCCUCUCUGCCCUGCAGUCCGAGCGCAUCUCCAGCCUUGCUGCCGAGAGGCUGCAAAUGGAUGAGGAGCUGCGGCAGAGGGAGCGCGAGCGGGAGCGGGAGAAGGAGCGGGAGCGAGAAGCUGACCGGGAGCGGGAGAAGGAACGCGAACGGGAGCGAGAACGGGAGAAGGAGCUGGAGCGAGAGCGGGAGAAGGAGCGGGAACGGGAGCUGGAGAGGCAGCGGGAGCGUGCCCGGGAGAAAGAGCUGAGCAUGGUGAAAGCCAUGGAAGGGCCCUUCCUACCUGUGGCCGAGCUGCACGGGCUGCGGGGACACCCAGCCGAGGAGCGGGGCAAGCUGGCAGAGCCACUGGCACCUGGCAGACCAGAGAAACUGAAGGACUCAGUGCUGCCGACACCAAAGCCCAUCCAGCACCCCCUGCACCAGCCACCCGCCUCCCACCACCCUGUGCCCAGCCUCAUCCCCAACCACAACGUGUUCCCGCUGCCGGGCAGCAGCGCGGCCACAGCCCUGCUCAUCCACCGCACCAACGAGGAGGAGAAGUGGCUAGCCCGGCAGCGCCGGCUGCGCCAGGAGAAGGAAGAUCGCCAAUCCCAAGUCUCGGAAUUUCGGCAACAAGUGUUGGAGCAGCACCUCGACAUGGGACGCGCCCCGAGCCAGCCCGAGCCCGAGCAUCGUCCUGAGCACCCCAGGUCGGGAUCCAGCCGCCACGAGCCAAGCAGCCGGGAGCCAGGGCAGCACUUUGGUGGGCCACCACCUCUCAUCUCCCCCAAGCCCCAGCACCACCCUGUCACCACGUCCCUCUGGAACCCCGUCUCGCUGAUGGAGAACCCCCCAGACCCGCCUCGACGCCUCCCUGAGCCCCACACUCUCCACGGUCAUCCAACCCCGUUCGAGCCCAGCCGUCAGGGUAUCCCACUGGUGAAGGUGGAGAGGGUCUUCUGCCCCGAGAAACUGGAGGAGGGGGCGAGGAAGAGGGACACUCUGGAGAAAUACCCCCCAGGACGAGAGCCCGGAGCUCCAGAGCAUGGGGUUUUCACCCACACCCCCUUCCUAGCCGAGCUGGAGAAAUCCACACAGAGCAUCCUGAGCCAGCAAAGGCCCUCAGGCACCCCUUUCACUGAGGCCACCAAGCCCAGCUCCCCAUACCGACCCCCGCAGCCCCGUACCCAGGACCCCAUGUACAUCUACGACGAGUCCGUGCAGCAGCAUCGCAGGCUGGUCAGCAAACUGGACCUGGAGGAGCGCCGGCGGCGGGAGGCCCGUGAGAAAGGUUACUAUUACGACCUGGACGACUCCUGUGACGACAGUGAUGAGGAGGAGGUGCGAGCCCAUCUCCGCUGCGUGGCUGAGCAGCCCCCACUGAAGUUGGACACAUCCUCUGAGAAGCUGGAGUUCCUGCAGCUCUUUGGCCUCACCACCCAGCAGCAGAAGGAGGAAUUGCUGAGCCAGAAGCGGCGCAAGCGCCGGCGGAUGCUGCGGGAGCGGAGCCCCUCGCCACCCACAGUGCAGAACAAGCGCCGCACGCCUUCCCCGCACCUGCCGCUCUCCACCCGCUACAGCCCCGACGAGAUGAACAACAGCCCCAACUUCGAGGAGAAGAAGCGCUUCCUCACCAUCUUCAACCUCACACACAUCAGUGCCGAGAAGAGGAAAGACAAGGAGAAGCUGGUGGAGAUGCUCCAGGCCAUGAAGCAGAAGACCACACCGGGUGCUGUGGUGGUAAAGAGCUCCCCGCGGGACAGCCCCAGCAGCAUCGCAACUGAGCCACCGGUGCCACCACUCCUGCUGGAUCCCGAUAAACCUGUGGGAAUCGCUGUCUCUGUGCCAGAGGCACAGAAAACAGCAGAACCCAGCAGGUUAGACCAGCUGAGACCCCAGGAGCUACCGAGAGUCAAGGAAUCAACCACCACGCUAGCAGAGAAGCCCCGUCUGAAUGACGGGCACCCCGGCAAGAAGGCGCUAAGCAUCCUCAGCUAUGUCAGAGGUCCCCUCCCCAAGGACAUACCAGUGCCACUGUCCCACAGUAUGAAUGGCAAGAGCAAGCCUUGGGAGCCCUUCAUCGCUGAGGAGUUCGCCCACCAGUUCCAUGAGUCGGUGCUGCAGUCCACUCAGAAAGCAUUGCAGAAGCACAAAGGAGGAACGUCGGCGCUGAUGGCAGAGCAGAACCACAAGCUUGAUGCCUCCAUCCACUACAACAUCCCUGAGCUGCAGGCAUCCAGCCGCCUGGCUGGGCCCCCCCACAAUGGCACAGCCGAGGGGACGCUGCCCCACCGGCCGCUGCCCCCCCUGCCCCACGACUCAGCCUCCGAGGAAGAGGAGGAAGAGGAGGAGGAGGAGGAAGAGGAGGAAGAGUACCCCAGGCCUAAGUGGCAAGGGAUCGAGGCAAUUUUUGAAGCUUACCAGGAACAUAUAGAAGAACAAAACCUGGAGCGCCAAGUGCUGCAGACCCAGUGCCGGCGGCUGGAGGCCCAGCACUACAGCCUGAGCCUGACGGCAGAGCAGCUUUCGCACAGCAUGGCGGAACUGAGGACCCAGAAGCAGAAGAUGGUGUCGGAGCGCGAGCGCCUGCAAGCCGAGCUGGAUCACCUGCGGAAGUGCCUUGCCUUGCCUGCAAUGCAGUGGUCUAGGGGUUAUUUCAAGGGGUAUCCCAGGUGACGCUCCUUGGGCUAGACCGAACAUAUA